GUGUUCUCGUCACAACUCGUAUUUUGUUUGUUUGGAAUAUGAAGACAUUUUCUAUAUUUUUAAAUAAAAAUGCGGAAAAAGUACGCGUUUCUUACUAUAUUUUUGUUUAUACAAUGUGUUGAAAUUUACCAGUGCACGCACCUGAAAGGUACUUUCAGUUCUAGUGACUUUUUCAAAUUUCUUAUCAAAUUUGGGGUGCAGAAAACCGCUGGACACUCGCCUGAUACAUCGCAGGGCUACAUUUUUGGGAAUAUCACUUCGAAGAGCCAUCUCUUUGUGCCUAUUACUUUUGUAGUUUUGCGCAGAUCUCACUUUAUAGAUUAUUAUAAGAACAGAGUCAUUUUUGAUAAAGAUGAGGCUUGCAACAGAAUGUUUAGCAAACUGAACAAAAGGGCAUAUGAUCCUCAAUGUAGUCACGAUGGAAAAGAUUACUUAAGACGGAUUCCCUGUCCCACUGGUGAAUUGUGUGAAGAUGAAGAUGAUCAGUGGCAUGUUGUGAAUAACCAUCAGUUUACAUAUGUUUUUAAAGAUUUUAAAGAGCCAGCUUUUUGGUAUGUGUCCAUGGUGGCUUGUUACCACAAUACGACCACAUGUGAAUGGCACCACUACGAUUCGCACAGUCCUUAUGAAAUCAAUUAUGAUAUCUGGCUGGUAAACGGAAGCCCCAACAGCUCAGCAUUCAGUACAUAUCAGUUUUCAUUCGACAGGCAGAGCACUUUAGAAAUGUACAUUUUAUUUUGGUUGUGCUACUUGGUAUUAGUUCCUCUGCAAUGUCAUGCGGUGAAAAUACAGAAGCAUCCCGUUACCAGAUUAUUUACUGCUAGUCUGGUGCUUGACUUUGUAGCCUUAAGUUUAAAUGUAAUUCAUACUUUGAAAUUUGCGAUGAACGGCGAAGGAUAUGAAAAAAUCCAAAUGAUUGGAGAUAUAUGUGAUAUUCUUUCACGGACAUCAUUCAUGUUGCUUUUGCUAUUGUUGGCGAAAGGAUGGGCAGUUACGCGAUUAGAAUUGACCUGGAAACCAUUAGUGUUUGCCAUAUGGUUAUGUUAUGGUAUUGUACAUAUUUUGUUGUAUGUUUGGAACUUGACUGAAGUAGACAUAAUAGAAGACGUAGAUGAAUACCAGACUUGGCCGGGAUGGCUGAUAAUUGUUUUUAGAUCAUUGAUUAUGUGCUGGUUCUUAUACGAAUUACGCACAACUAUGCUUUACGAACAUAAUACUCAAAAACUGAAUUUUUUGCUUCAUUUUGGGGCAUCCAGUUUAGUUUGGUUUAUCUAUCUGCCCAUUUUGGCCCUGAUAGCAUUACAUGUAUCUGCGCUAUGGAGAUUUAAACUACUUUUAGGUAUAACAUAUUCAGCUGAUUGUUUUGCAUAUUGUGUUAUGGCUCAUUUGCUCUGGCCGACCCGAUCCGAACAAUAUUUUCUAUUGAAAGGACCGUCUUCAGUGGACCUUGAAGAAUUGGAUGAAUUCAACGAAGCUCCACACAUUGUCAAUAAUUCUUAUACGUCCCUCAGUAGUGCUGGAUCAAUAGAUGUCGCGCAUUAUGAAGACCAACCCAAAAGUAAACCAGCCCAUGCGUGAGACUUUUGUUCAUUUUGUGUUUGCCAAACCCCAAAUAGCCGAUUUGGAUGAAAAUACCAAGACCGUUAACGAUCUAAGUUGUAUUGUGGUCUUAAUAGAAAUUAGGGAAAAACUGUACUUGCUUCAUUAUGACAAAAUGUCAAUUCAAUUAACUCAAUUGUAAGUAUCUUUAGGUGCGGUACCUUAACCCCUGGAUGAUUUUAUUUGGAAAAUUUGCCUACUGAAAGUCAUUCUGGUUUCAACUACUAUUCGGCGUCGAUUGCAAAAGCAUGCAGCUUAGUGAUGGAAAAUUGUGGGUGAAAUAACAAGUUUUGAGUUAAAGUCGUCAAAAGAAACUUUUUAUCUUUAUAGCAUACAUUUGAAAAAUGUUUUAAAUAAAUUUACACGGUGGAUAAUAUGCGACAAUUGAGCAACGUGAUACUGGAACACUAGUCGCGCCAAUAGUUUUCGUAAAUUUCCGUACGGAAUUAAUAGAUGAUUACUGAAUAUUGAAUGACUCCUGAAUAAUUCCAUUCAAACUCAUUUAAAGCACGGACUUCUGGGAAGGUUUCAGGCCGCUUAUGGGGUUGCUGGUGACAUGUCAAAACCUGUAUUUUUGGCCAAACUGAUCUAUGGAAAGGAUGUGAUUUAUCAUUGUUAGCUUUUGCAUUUUUGAUAGCAGAAAACCAUUUAACACACCUCUUCCGGCUUGUAUUUUUUUGUAUGGUUUUGAUAUCGAUUUUAUACACCGUGUAUAUAAUUGAAUUGUUAAUCUCCCAAACAUAUUCUGACGAAUGCCAAUAUUAU